GAUUGGGCGAUAGGAAAGAGGCCCGGCGGAAGAGCGGAAGUUAAUGAUUACGGGAUGAAACCGUGUGCUAAACGUGUUUUCUUUUUUUGCUGUCCUAUAAGGAUAAAUUGAAUAAGCGAAAAACUAAACCGGGCAUACUAUGGCUACAGAGGAGCCUUCCAAAGAUGAGAAAGGCGGUGUAAAGUUUGACCUGGAAAAGGAGACAGAAUUGCGCUUUGAGGUGGACUCCGGAGAUAAAGUACAGCUGGAGCUGCUUUCUGGCCUUGCAGAAAUCUAUGGGUCUGAGCUGAACCGCAAUAAGAAGUACACGUUUGAGUCGGGAUGCAAAAUUGCUGUGUUUACCUGGCAGGGCUGCUCGGUGCAACUUACUGGCAAAACUGAGGUGGCUUAUGUUUCUCGGGACACCCCAAUGUUCCUUUAUCUUAAUACCCAUGCUGCUCUUGAACAAAUGAGACAACAGGCUGAAAAGGAGAAUGAAAGAGGACCAAGGGUGAUGGUCUGUGGUCCUAUGGAUGUUGGAAAAUCUACACUGUGCAGGCUACUUUUGAACUAUGCAGUUCGACUUGGGCCAACGCUUGUUGAGCUGGAUGUAGGUCAGGGAAACAUCGCCAUCCCGGGCACCAUGGGAGCCUUGUGCAUUGAGCGGCCAGCAGACGUGGAGGAAGGCUUUUCAGUACAGGCACCGCUAAUCUACCACUUUGGGUCUACAACUCCUGGAACUAAUAUCAAGCUAUAUAAUAAGAUCACUUCUCGACUGGCAGAAGUUUUCAACCAGAGAUGCGACAUGAACCACAAAGCCUGUGUGAGUGGCUGUGUGAUUAACACUUGUGGCUGGGUGAAAGGUUCUGGAUACCAGGCACUAGUGCACACAGCAUCUGCUUUUGAGGUGGACGUUGUCAUUGUGUUAGACCAGGAGAGGCUGUACAAUGAGCUGAAGCGGGACCUCCCCUUCUUUGUACGUACCGUGCUGCUUCCUAAAUCUGGGGGUGUGGUAGAGCGCUCGAAGGACUACCGACGAGAAUCUCGAGAUGAGAAAAUCCGGGAGUACUUUUACGGGUUCCGUGGUGGGUUUUUCCCACACGCCUUUGAUGUCCGGUUUUCUGACGUACGCAUUUACAAAAUCGGUGCACCAACCAUCCCGGACUCUUGCCUGCCUUUGGGUAUGUCUCAAGAAGACAACCAGCUGAAGCUUGUGCCAGUCACCCCAGGUCGAGAUCUGGUGCAUCAUCUUCUCAGUGUCAGCACUGCCGACAGCCCAGAUGAAAACAUUAUUGAGACAAGUGUGGCGGGAUUUAUUGUGGUCACAAACGUAGACACGGAGCAUCAGGUCUUCACGGUACUUUCACCAGCACCACGCCCGUUGCCAAAAAACAUCUUACUGAUUAUGGACAUACGCUUCAUGGAUCUCAAGUAAGUGAGGCAAAUUUAGAAACGGCAACAAGACCCGAGACCAUUUCAUCCUGAUUCAUCGUUGUAGCUCCUGGGAGAUUUCAGCUAUAUGUAUGUUGGCCAUCACAUUGGACUUGGUGAAAUUAUUGAUCUGAGUUUACUUAAAUAUAAGUAUUGGUUUUAAAUUUGUGUAGCUGUUAAAUAUUGCCAGAUCUUCUUAAUUUGUCUCAAUUUGAUGAGGCCUUUUUUAUGCUGUUAAAAUAGUUGAGCGAAUUUAAUAAAUAUUUUAAAUUAGGUAGCA